CUUGUCCCGCGCCGGCAUCUUUCACGGCGAAUCUUCGCGUGCGGUAGACGUCAUCGUCACCACUGCCCUGGACUUUAUAAAAUGUAUUUAAAAAAAAAAACAUCAUUCACAUCUUAACAUUUUUGUUCAUUGAUAACGCUCUUCCCGGAUUCGUCCAGCGACGGUAAAACCGAAACUGCGUGAAAAACAUAUUUAGUCGAUUUGGGACGAUCGCAAAGACCGCCGGGAGUUGUAGUUUCCUCUAAGCCGCACUUCCGUCUCUUUGUGUUCGCUGACCCGGAAAACGUACUCCAACUCCCAGAACCCCUCGCCCGCCAGAGCGUUUGCUGCGUCUGUCGCCUCUUCCGCCAGUAUGUUGGUGAUAGGUUUGAAUGUCACUGGCAUAUUUUAGUGUAUCGCAAAUAGUAUGUGCGAAAGAAGUGUCUAGAGAAGUGAUGUUUGGCCGUUCGAGAAGCUGGGUUGGCGGGAGCGCUGGGAAGUCCCCUCGAAACAUUCAUUCGUUGGAGCAUCUGAAGUACAUGUACCAUGUCUUAACAAAGAACACAACUGUGACGGACAGUAAUCGUAACCUGCUGGUGGAGACCAUUCGUUCUAUCACAGAAAUCCUUAUUUGGGGAGAUCAAAAUGACAGCUCUGUUUUUGACUUUUUCUUGGAGAAAAACAUGUUUGUCUUCUUCUUAAAUAUCUUGCGCCAGAAAUCCGGGCGCUAUGUUUGUGUACAGCUGCUUCAGACCAUCAAUAUCCUGUUUGAAAAUAUUAGCCAUGAAACCUCUUUGUAUUAUCUGCUGUCUAAUAACCAUGUAAACUCUAUCAUUGUGCACAAGUUUGACUUCUCUGAUGAGGAAAUUAUGGCAUAUUACAUUUCCUUCUUGAAAACUCUUUCCCUUAAACUUAACAAUCAUACGGUGCAUUUUUUCUACAAUGAGCACACGAAUGAUUUUGCCCUGUACACGGAGGCCAUUAAAUUUUUCAACCACCCAGAGAGCAUGGUCAGAAUUGCUGUAAGGACAAUCACCCUUAAUGUAUAUAAAGUGUCAUUGGAUAACCAGCUUAUGUUGCACUACAUCAGAGACAAAACAGCAGUUCCCUAUUUCUCCAAUUUGGUUUGGUUCAUUGGAAGCCAUGUGAUUGAGUUGGACAACUGCGUGCAAACAGAUGAAGAGCAUAGAAAUAGAGCCAAACUGAGUGACCUGGUGGCUGAACAUUUGGAUCACCUACAUUACCUGAAUGAUAUCCUGAUCAUCAACUGUGAAUUCCUGAACGAUGUACUAACGGACCAUCUAUUAAACAGACUUUUCCUGCCAUUGUAUGUCUAUUCGUUAGUGUCCCAAGAACAGUGUGGUGAUCAUCCAAAAAUCAGCCGCCAGGCAUCAUUAUAUCUCCUUUCACAGGUGUUUUUAAUUAUACACUAUAGGCCAUUGGUGAACUCUUUGGCUGAUGUGAUCUUGAAUGGGGAUCUUUCAGUGUUUAGUCUUCAUUCAGAGCAGGAUGCUUUGAAGCACUCAAUUUUUCCUACUCCACUGACUAGCUCUCCAUCUAUGCCAAAGAUGUCUGCAAGCAUUCGAUGUUUCACAAAACCUGUAGAAACGUUGGAGAGAUCUCUUGAGAUUAGUCGACACAAGGGGAAAAAGAAACUGCAGAAAAGGCCAAACUAUAAAAAUGUGGGUGAAGAAGAUGAAGAGGAGAAGGGGAUGGAAGAGAAAGAUGACGACACAGAAAAGCUGAAAGGUACAGAGUCUAGUGCAAAGGGCAUCAAGACAAGUGGGGAGACUGAAGAAAUUGAGAUGGUUAUAAUGGAACGAUGCAAAAUAUCAGGCCCUCAGAGUGUAGGCUUGACUGAACAAAACACCACCGAUGAAGAGAAAACAGCUGCUGCCUCAAGGGUAGACAAUUCAAAAAGAAGACCAUUUCUAGAUAUGGUGUACAAUGCUCUGGAAUGCCCUGAAGAGGAUUAUUAUGCACUCUUCGUGUUAUGUCUUCUUUUUGCAAUGUCUCACAACAAAGGUAUAGACACAGACCUAUUGGAAAAGAUUCAAGUUCCUCCAGAGCAAGCUGAGGAGAAGAGCUCAUACAGCCAUGUAUUGGCAGAAAGGCUAAUUAAGAUAAUGAACCAGGCAACACAUGCUGAUGGGAAAAUUCGUUUGGCUACAUUGGAACUUGCCUGCCUCUUACUUAAACAACUUGUGCUAUCAGGUGGCAACUGUAUUAUUAAAGAUGUGCAUCUUGCCUGUUAUGAGGGUGCAAGGGAAGAAAGUGUCUACUUAUUGCGGCGUUUCUAUAAGGGGGAAGAGAUUUUCCUUGAUAUGUUCGAAGAUGAAUAUCGAGGCAUGAUGAGUAAACCCCUGAAUGUAGAGUAUCUGAUGAUGGAUGCAUCCAUUCUGCUACCUCCUACUGGUACCCCUCUAACUGGCAUAGAUUUUGUAAAAAGGCUACCAUGUGGAGAUGUGGAGAGAACAAGGCGGGCUAUCAGGGUUUUCUUUAUGCUCCGUUCUUUGUCCCUACAACUACAAGGAGAGCCAGAGACACAACUACCACUGACGAGGGACGAAGAUCUGAUUAAAACAGAUGAUGUAUUAGAUCUGAACAACAGUGACUUAAUUGCUUGCACUGUAGUUACUAAGGAUGGCAGUCAGAUGCAUCGAUUCCUGGCUGUAGACAUUUAUCAGAUGAGCUUAGUUGAACCUGAGAGCAAACGACUUGGCUGGGGAGUGGUGAAAUUUGCAGGUCUGCUUCAGGACAUGCAGGUGAUGGGAGUGGAAGAUGACAGUAGAGCUUUGAAUAUCAUCAUCCAUAAGCCUGCGUCCAAUCCUCAUGCCAGGCCCUUCCCUAUCCUCCAGGCCACAUUCAUCUUUGCUGAUCACAUCCGCUGCAUCAUCGCAAAACAGCGAUUAGCAAAGGGCCGCAUUCAAGCACGGCGUAUGAAGAUGCAGAGAAUAGCAGUACUGUUGGAUCUCCCAGUGGAAACCUCUUCUGAAGUCAUGGGCUUUGGACAUGGGUCGCCUUCUUCUGCCCAUCAUUUACCUUUUAGAUUCUACGACCAGUCUCGCCGUGGUGUCAGUGAUCCUACAGUUCAGCGUUCAGUUUUUGCUUCUGUUGAUAAAGUUCCAGGGUUUGCAGUGGCACAGCACAUAAACCAGCAGAGUCCCUCUCCAGCAUCGUCCCCUUCCCCACCCUCUAGCGGCACCAUCACAACCAGCACAGGCUGCAGCGAUACCAUCACCACCAGCGCAACUUCCACUCCCUCAGCAACUCAGAGCCCCACAGAUGGACCCGACAUUCAAGAGCAGUCCCAUUUGACUUUUCCAGAUAAAGUGGAGUUUGUCAAUGAAGCCCAUUCUUCACCUCCUACAGGAGAAAGUGGCCCAAGCAGAGACCAUCUGCCCAGCAGUACUGAACCUGGAGCAACUAACCUGGCACCAAGUCUGACCCCAGCCCACCAGCCAACUAUCUCCCUCAUUUCUGAUGACAACACAGAUGCAUUGAGCGUGGAGUCAUUAACACUUCUGCCACCUACUGAUGCGCAGCAAAUCCGGAGUGUGAGCACUUUAACCCAGCCAUCCACCUUAUCUAAUGAGAUAAAAGAAAAUGACACUAGAGAAAAUGAGGAAUCUGAAGCAACAGGGCCAACAGCAAACCCCUCACAAUGAAUACAACAUGACCUUUGACCCACCUGGGUCUGUGUAGAGUGAGGCAGGCUUGUAAAGCAAGGAAAUUAAACCUAUAGUCUGAACACAGCUGAACAGAGAAGCUAGUAGAUCUGUGGAGCCCAACAAAGUAGAAUUAUUGCUUGCAAGUUUCUGUAGAUUCUAAAACGAGGAAGCCUUGCUCCUACAGUUACUAUAGAGUUACGGCUGACACUGAGAAACCUACAUUAUGUACAUUUGUCUUUUACUACUGAAGCCUAGUAAAGCACUGUCACUGACUCGGACUCAGUAGGUAAGACCAGGGUUCUAUCUGCCCUGUUCAAAUAUGUACACCCCAGGCCUGUAUUUUUCCACCAUGUACAUUAUAUUACUAUAUUCACCCACUUGAAUUCAUUUCUGACUAGAUGAAGUAUUUUACGAAACUACAGGUUGGAAAUUGUUUUAUUUUACCACUUUAACCCACCUGAAUAAUUGUGUUAUAAAAAUCCAUUAAUUUAGGUUUAAAAAUUAAAUAAAACACAAUUGACACCCAUCAAAACUAGGUAAAAAUAGAUGCACCUAAUAGAUCGCCUCACUAAUUCUAAUUUAAUUUUAAAUAGACUUCAAACAUGUUUCACUAAAUGCAGUCGAACAUUUAUCUGUGACACAGUUUUUUAUUACAAUAUUUAAUGAUUUAUACAUGUAACAAAUACAGAGGUGAACAAGUUUUGUAAAGUUUAAAAACAAAAAUACUUAAUGCUACCACUAACCGUUACAGCACUGGCAUCCAUUUCUAGCAUCUGUCCACUAUCAGACACAUAUAUACAGGUUGCCUCUGGAAGCCUUAGAAUUUGGGCAUUUGCUGGAGAAUUAUCCCAUUAACUCACAAACCUGCCCAGGAACCUCGAUAAUAUGAAUAUUUUGGGACUUCACAAGACAGCCAGGGGUGGUUUCAUUUUCACACACUAUCAUUUCAGACCACCAGGCACCACGUGCAUAUUUUGUUAAUGGAGCAGUAAGUGUUUCAAAACAUGUAAGGCAAUGAAACUUGAGAGAAGGAUGAUAUGAAGUAAAAAGCCUGUUACCUUUCUACAGAGAAGAAACAUUGUUGAGUAUUCCUGGUGUGUUGCACACAUGCACUUCUGCGAUCGCUGGAGUGGUCAGGUAUUUUGCAUUUUUAAGGUUAUCCAUGGCCUCUUAACCAGAGAAUGGAUAGGUGAGAGAUGGAGUAAACUAAGAAAUAUUUGUUGCUGUGACUAAAGCCAUGCACACCACUAUUAUGACAACUGUACAUGGAAAAUGGUUGUUUACAAACACAGGAGUAUUUUGGACCUCUCCAGAAAUGCACAAUUUGGGUUAACUUGUGCAAUUCAAAAAAAAAAGGCCAAAUUCAAGUUUUGGUUUGGUUUAUCAGUGAUCCUUGCAAUUACAUAUAGACAUAAUUUUGCAUCAUUCCCCUAACUGAUUGGCUUGUGCACAGUUUCUCCUGUAGGAUCUAUUCCAUUUAUGUUUUAGUGUAAAUGCAGCUGAGGAGAUUGAAAAUCAAAAACAGAUUAAUAAAAAACUUGAAUUUAUAAUUAAUAGUUACUCUGUCUCUUAGGUCGCUAUGUUGCAUUAGUCCCUGCACUGAUGGAACAAAACCAAAGCAAGGUCAAAAAUGUGCAAGGUAGUUCUUAAUUGUAGUAAAUAGAUAAUAUAGAACAAAAUAGGCAAAAUGCAAUUACAAUAAGAUAAAUAGUGAAAAUAAAUUAACUUGUCCACAGGAUGAGGACAUGUGACUGAUUUUGUCUGUGAAGUCAGAAGAUCCACACAGUUAAGUAAGGAAACAAUUUUUUUUAUAGACGUAUAUUUAACUCGAGUGUUUUGACAUCAGUUUUUUGGUGUUGUAAUCUGAUAUGCAGCUACAGGCUAGAAAGCUCAUUAUUACAGUAUUGAUUUUUAAUGGCAGUCUCGCCGAUUGCUGCAAGCUUAUUAAUAUUUGUACAACAGAUUUAUGAGCAACUUUUCCUCUUUUAUAGACAUCCUGGUUGGUUCUGACGUAGUCAAAAUAGAUGGUUCCACUUAUGUUUUUAAUGUUUUUCUUUGGAAAUUGCAACAUGUUGCAGCUGAUAUUUCAGAAGCUGAACUCACCCAAUAUUGUUUGUUAUAAAAGCCCACAACUUAGCAACCUAACUGGUGCUGGGAAAACCAGAUGGUAUCAGCAUUCAUUACUCUGCACAGUUGGUAUCUGGCUAAUCUCAAGUGAUACUGUCAUUUCACCUUGUAGAAUAUAAUGUCAUAGUUGCAAUGGGCUGACUUAGUCACCUUAAAGAAUAUUCUUAAAAACACUGAUACCGAUUAUAAGAUUCCACAGGUAAGUUAUUUUAUCACACAAAAUUCUCUUAAUUUUGUCGUGACGUGAAUCCACAAAGCAUCUGAAAUCAGCACUAUGGCCCAAGCUUCCUAAGUUUAUAGUUUAUACUGCACACAUGCUUUAAAGGAGUAGUGUAAAACAUCCCUGAAUAAUUUCACACCUGGACCUUGUCCUUAAUCCCCCGUUCAAAUGUUUACCACAGGAAAUUUUAGCUCAAAAUCUAUAACUAUAUCAUGUGCUCAGUGUUAAUAGCAGUGAUAUAAUUGGCUACAGUACAUCUGACUGUCAAAACAGUCAAACUCCAGAUUGCAUGGCCACUGCCUAUUAUUCCCUCAAAAACAAAAUGGAAUAAGGUGACCAAGGAACAAUUCUCCAUCACCUGACACGCCUCUAGAGCAUAUUCACAUGAACCUUUUCAUUCUACAUACACACACAAUGGUAGAGACACCCGAGGUGCAAUUUUACAGCUUUUUUGUCAUGACCUCAUCACUUGACCUCACCAGAAGCUAACGUAUGCUUUUUUUCAUAUUGAAACCUUCAAAUCAAUAAGUAUAAGGUUAUGUAAACAUGAUCUGCCCACCUUAGAAGUUUCAGAGGCCAAGAUCAAUUCUAUUCAGCUAAUAAAAGGAAAGCAUGUAGUCUGUACAACAGUAAUAGUCUCUCAAUGAUAAGACAACUGGAACUAAAAUGUGACAAGUAAAACAAAAAUAAAUUUGCCCUUUUACGUUUGUUGCCAUCAGAGCAGUCUACAAGUUGACAAUUUUAUAGAAGUUCAGAAUGCCCAUUGAAUUAUGGUGUCUCAAGUUACUUAUACCAGUACUAAACUUUUAGUGCAAACUAUGACGCCACCGUAUCUUAUCUCAAAUUUCUUGCACAAACAUUAGUUUGUAAUUUUUGGUUGCAACCAAUGGAAGAGCUGCAUUUAUGGAAGGAAGCUGAACUAAACUAAAAUGCCUCUUCUGGAGUGAACUGGGCAGAUAAAUAUUUCGUGCAGAUGUGAAGUACUCUUUCUGCUUUCCUGGUCAGUUAUUCACACAGGUUUAAGACACAAUGCCCUGCAGCAUUUUAACCUCAUAGUAGGAGAUAGGCAAUCUGGAUUUCAACUGUCUCAUCGGAUUGCGCAGAUUGUUGGUAUUAACUAUUUCAUUGGAUCUCUUGGAAUGGACUAACCACCAGACGUGAUAUUCACAGAAGAUUUAGCUGAACAUGGUUGAGUAUAACUUAUUCUGCCACUGAAAAAAACAAAGGUGCAAUUUCCUUCCAGGGGAAUUAUUGAUGCAUCUUUAUAUGAAUAAAACUAGUUACAGAGCUUGAAGUAUGGCAUAUUCAUUCGUGCAGGCUUUUCUAGGCAUCCCUGUCUUUGCAGAAGUUGGCGUGUACUGAAUUUGCAACAGCAAAUAUGAACUUACGACCAUUCAUGCCCCUUCGCUGCAUUGAAUAACACUGUUUAAGAAACAGUGCACAAGCCGUAAACAGAAUGUAUUUCAUUGUUGCACAGCAAAGGAUAUAUUGGUACAGCAAAUGGACUUAAUGUACAGAACACUUUCUCAGCACUCAAUGAGUUUUGUAUGAUAGAUAAAAAUAAUCAUUGUAAAUAAAACAUUGUGUAGAUUGUUUAAAAAAACUUCCUUUACUUCAGAUUAAGCAAUACUAUAAUAUUUACAUUAAUGCUUUUUUGGUCAUUUCGUUACAGUGCAGUAUUUCAAAUUAGAUGGGGUUUCUUAUGGAAAUUAUAAACUAUGUAUAUUGGAAAAAUAGGGUUAUGUUUUAACUUAAGUCAUUUGCUGUGUAUGUAUAUGUGGAAACUUUCUCUCUUUUCAAAAUGAAGGUUCCUUUCAGAUUUAGGCUUGUGUUUGCACUAUGAGCUCAGGUAGCACAGGCAAGGGUCGUGUCACUUGGAUAUUCCACAACGCACGAAGCAGGGCAGAACAGGAAAACAUACAAUGUAAGCCUGUUGGUCAUCUAAGCAAUGGCAAUAAAUGUAAGUCUUCUUUUGCA